AUAAGGAAACAGCUAGUGAUAUAGGGGGGAAAGGUGAAGUAAUUGUGCUGGGGGAAGCAAUAAAGCGGGUUAAAAAAAAGAAAAAAAAAGAAAAGAAAAAAAAAACCGGAUCAACAUGGAUCACAGAAACAGCGGAGGAGGCAAACACCUUCCGAGAAUCGCUGCUUCUCUGGUUAUGCACUUUGCCUCAGAGAGGGAACCGAGCAUCUACAUGCAAAGGGCAAGCUUGAGGCCUCUUCCUAAUCCACCCACAUCACCUGACCUUGAAUUUGGGGAUUUUCCCUGCUCUACAGCAGGAUCCAGAUCCAUGUCUCCUGAGUCUCCGGUUCCAGUUCCUUCAGAAGACUCGAGUCCGGAACAGUCACUGGAAGGCCAUGUGGUGACUUCACCGACCUUCACAGAUAAGUCAGAACAGGAAUGCCUCUCUCCGGAGGGCCUGGGCAGCUCUUCUGAAAGGAAAUGCUUUGCACCAGACUGGCACAUAAAUCGUGUGGUGGCCCUGUGCAGUGAACGCUUUGACAAGCUGCUGAGGGAAUGUCCUGAGUACUACAGUACUAAAGGCUGCCUUGCUGCUUUUGUCCUGGAGCGAGAGGUGACUGACCCAGGAGGACAGUGUGGUGAACAUUAUGAAGUAGUGGCAUUGGGCACAGGGCAGAGCUGCUGCAGUGGGUGGUACUGUUUUACAGGCUCCAUCGUUCAUGAUUGCCAUGCCAUUGUCAUUGCACGCAGAGCCCUGAAAAGAUAUUUGUAUAAGCAGCUCCUGUUGUUCUACAGCUCUGAGCCAGAACUUCGAGAGCGCUCCAUAUUUCAGAGCAGUCCCACAGAGCUGCUUCUUCAGGUCAAACCAAAAACUUACCUGCACCUCUACACCAACCAGACACCUAAAGGGGCAGCACACCACAUAAUGAAGUUUCAUAACAAUGGCUACGAAACGCUGAAGCUGCAAUGCCAUGCCAAAGUAUCUUUGAUUCCUACUGCCUACUUGUCUCCCAGUAUCUGGGCCGCUCGCAUCUGCUGCAUGUCUGACCAUGCAAAACUCACCCGCUGGACUGUCACAGGAAUUCAGGGAGCAUUGCUGAGUCACUUUAUUAAACCAUUCUACAUCACCAGUGCCAUUCUUGGUGAUGUUAGCCAUUGCUCUGAUAAAGUGUCUGACACUAUCAACAAGUGCCUGGGGACUGGUCUGAAUGAUGUCCUGAUCCCCCCAUACCAACAAACAACCAUUUUCUUCCAGAAUGGAGAGAAUGUGGAACCGGCUGUUAACUCGGACCACUACAAAGAUCUCAGUGUAAAUUGGUGUCUGGGAGACUCCAGCUUUGAAAUUUUAGAUAGCACAACUGGAUACACCAUCAGUGGCUCUCCUUUUGUAAGUGGACCUGGGUUCUCUAGUAGAUUAUGCAAAAGAGCACAGUUCUUCAGCUUCAAAAAAGUUGCAAAGCUUUCUGGUCAACAGGAGCUUCUGUCCUUUGCAAACUACCAUAAUGCAAAGAUUGCUGCCGACUUGUACCAGAAGGCCAAAGCUGUGGUGAUCCAGCAGUUCAUAGCCAACAAUGCAGGACCAUGGAACUCAAAACAUCUGGUUGACAGCUUCAGCUGCUGAGUACAUUCUUGAUCUCUGUCUGUCUCCUGCAUUAUGAUUGGUUAGAGUAAAUUUAGAUGCUCUGAAAUUCACUUAAUUUGUUCAGAAAUUUACCAUUACAUAUGUACAACCUGUUCUAACAAUGUUUUUUUUUUUUUUUUUACUUUUGGUUUUUGUCAUUUAUUAGUUGUUCAUUUCAAGAAAAAAAACCCUUUAAUUAUACCUGUUUAAAGCCAAAAUAUAAAAAAAUGUUCA